AUGGACAAGGUUUCGAUUGUGAUUGGAUCCGGUUUCACCGCACUUACCUUCAUUGAUGAGGUGCUGAAGCAUGAUGAGAAGAAGCGAACUUUAUGCCUUGAACGAGGUGACUUUUGGCUUCCAACCCACUUUCAAAAUAUCCCCGAAGACUUAAUGAGGGAAUUUCCAAACUCCAUGAUCGAUGCGUCCAAGCAGGACGAAGAGACUAGUCAAAUUCCCUCUGCUGAUUCUGUCGAGCCAGCUCCUUUAGCUGUUGGUCCUAAGUCGCACACAUCCACUCUGCGCUUCAACAAGUUUUCCGUUGCUGGUCCACUAAUUGGGCUGCAUGAAAAGCAGCGCAAGCUUGCUGAGAAGGGAGAAGGACGGCCGUUAGAGCUAAUGAUCAAUUGUACCGUCACCGGACUUCAGAAGAACGACAAGGGAGUCGCCCGAGCCAUCGAAACAAAUCGGGGUUUGCUCUCAUGGACUAACGAUGAUAUAAAAGUAGUCUUAUGUGCUGGAGCCGUUCCUAAUGCCACAUUACUUCUCACCUCAUUCGAGGAGUGUCGCCCCUCGAAUGGCAAUGUUGGCAAACGCCUGUCAGGUCAUGUCCGGACAAACAUUACAGCACGUAUUCCACGUGAAGCUAUCCAUUGGGAUGACAAGAAUUCACUCCAGCUUGCUUGCACAUAUCUUGCUGGAAACGAUCCGAAUACACAUCGCCAGUACCAUAUUGGAAUUUCUGCAAUUCAUAGUCCCAAUCCAGAGGCUGACGCCGAGGACGCAGGGCGGGAAUGUCCUGACUAUGCCGCAGCCGCCACGGAUGGGCAGCUCAAGGGCUCCGAGAAGCAUAUUGUGUUUGUCUGCUCGGGAUUGGGUGAGUUGGAUGAAGGCAAUAGGAAGAAUUGUGUCAAACUGAACAACACACAUGAUCCUGCAUCCAAUGUCAUCGUACAGUAUACAUUGUGCCCGAAUGAUAAAAAGAUGUGGGAUACUAUGGACGAGGCAAUCUACCAGACAACUGAAGCCCUUUCUGGCAAUCAACCGAAAGCUAUUGAAUACUGGGACGACAAACCUAAUACAUGGGUCGCAAGAAAACCCUCCUCGGAGUCGGUUCGUGCGCCCGGAGUGGUACAUGAGGCGAGCACGGCUUUUGUUGGACGCAAGCAGAAAGGUGGCUCGUUGGACAGCUUAUACCGACCACAUGGGAUUGCCAAUGUAUUUGUUACGGGUGGAGCGGUUUUCCCCACGUCAGGAAGUUGGAAUCCGACAAUGACAAUGUGCGCAUAUGCACAAGACCUUGCAAGGAAGCUUGUAUAUUCUCCGGGCUUGAUCCCGCCAUCUCAGGACUAUGAGGAUCCGAACUAG